AAAAUCUUUAAGCCCUUCUGAAACCAUGGCUUGUAGACUCUGUUCUAACUCUCUCUGUUUCAUCCCUCUCCUUGCCCUUCUUUUAGUCCUUUUCUCUUCUUCUACAUCUCUGGCUGAUGUAUCAUCAUCAAUCCCUGCAUCUAGAGAUUCAAUCUGCAAAUCAACCCCAUAUCCUUACUACUGUAGAUCAGUUCUUCCAUCCAAUGAUUCAUCCAAUGUAUAUGACUAUAGUCGAUUUUCUGUCAGCAAGUCUCUGUCUUCAGCAAGGAAGUUCUUGAGUUUGGUGAACAAGUAUCUUAGACAGAAGAGCUUGUCAGUAAUGGCAACUCGAGCCCUUGAAGAUUGCAGGCUUCUAGCACAGCUGAACAUUGAUUUCUUGUUAAACACAUCCGAGACAGUCAAUUCCACAAACAUCUUCCCUACCUUGCAAGCCCAAGAUGUGCAGACCUUUCUUAGUGCUAUACUAACUAACCAGCAAACCUGCUUAGAUGGACUUCAAGCCACAGCAUCAGCUUGGAAUGUCAAGAAUGGUCUCUACACCCCUCUUUCCAAUACAACAAAGCUGUACAGUGUUUCAUUAGCACUCUUCACCAAAGGUUGGGUUCAUAAAAAGAAUAGAACACAUCAAGGGAGAGAGCUUAUGUACUCUGGUACAGAAAUUGAUCGAAAUGGUCACUUGGCUUUGAGAAUGUCGAGCCACCACCGCCGGCUAUAUGAAUCAUUCAGUGGAAGAAAACUAGCUCAGACAAACCAGAGCAAUGUGCUAGUGAGAGACAUGGUAGUUGUGAGCCAAGAUGGAAGUGGAAAUUUCACUACCAUCAAUGCUGCCCUUGCUGCUGCUCCUAACAAUACCAACAUCACCGACGGCUAUUUCGUGAUUUAUGUAGUCUCUGGAGUCUAUUCUGAGUAUGUAACGAUUGACAAAAACAAAUUGAACAUUAUGAUGACAGGAGAUGGUAUAAGGAAGACAGUGAUCACAGGCAACCGAAGCGUUGCAGAUGGAUGGACUACAUUCAAUUCUGCAACUUUCAUUGUUCUUGGGCAAGGAUUUGUGGCAAUCAAUAUCACAUUCCGCAAUACAGCAGGGGCUAUAAAGAAUCAAGCAGUGGCAGUUCGAAAUGGGGCAGAUUUGUCUACUUUCUACAGUUGCAGCUUUGAAGCUUACCAAGAUACCUUAUAUGCACAUUCUCUCAGGCAAUUUUACAAGAAGUGUGAUAUCUAUGGAACUGUAGAUUUCAUAUUUGGCAAUGCAGCUGCAGUUUUCCAAAACUGUGAUAUAUAUGCAAGGCUACCUCUGCCACAACAAUAUAAUACUGUCACUGCACAAGGUAGAACAGAUCCAAACCAGAACACUGGAAUUAUCCUUCAUGGAUGUAAGAUUAGAUCAACUGUGCAAUUGGCUUCUAGCAAUCUCACUACUAAGACAUACUUGGGUAGACCAUGGAGGCCAUAUUCCAGAACUGUUAUUAUGCAAUCCUUCAUUGAUAGCUUGGUAGAUCCAACUGGUUGGAUAGAUUGGGGUAAUACUACAGUUUUAAGUACACUAUAUUAUACUGAGUUCAAUAAUACUGGAGUUGGGUCGGUGACCACAAAUAGAGUUCAAUGGCCAGGUUUCCAUGUUAUCAAUUCUACAGAUGCUUCCAACUUUACUGUCUCAAAUUUUCUGCUAGGAGAUGACUGGUUACCUGCAACUGGAGUUCCUUACACUGGUGGGUUUUUAUUAAAAUUGCCUUCCUCGUUAUAAUUUUCUUGAAAUAUAUAUAUAUAUUUUUAAUUAAAUAGAAUGUAAUUUGUCAAGCCUCAACGCUCUAAGUACAAGGAAAUGUAAUUGUAUAUUUGUAUUGCUUGAGGAUUUUUCUAUACAUUCAAUUUUUUU